UUCCGUUGUAAGUUUCCUGCUUUCUGAAGAGAGACAGGGAGCCGAGGGAGGAAACAAACGAGGACUUAUAAAAAAUAUUAAUAAUAAUAAUAAUAAUAAUAAUAAUAAUAAUAAUAAUAUCUUUACUAAAAGCAAGAUAUUAUAUCACCUUCCACAUUGAUGAAGUAAUAUAAUAUAUAAACGCUAAAGAACGUCUGUUUAUAGAUAUAUUAGACUUUUGAACCAAGUUUGGGAAAACCGGAAGCGCUUCAAUAAAAGGGAAUCCGAAGCCGGCCGAAGUUUGUUGUUAAUAUAAUUUAUCGUGAUUGAAAUCGACGGGACGGCAAGGAGAUGGCGAUGGCAGAAACCGAGAAAUUAAACAUCGACUCGAUUAUCAGCAGACUCCUGGAAGUUCAGGGCUCUCGUCCCGGGAAGAACGUGCAGCUUUCGGAGACGGAGAUCCGAGGAUUGUGCCUCAAAUCCCGGGAGAUCUUCCUGAGCCAACCCAUCCUGCUGGAGCUCGAGGCUCCUCUCAAAGUGUGCGGGUGAGGAGUGAUUAUUCAUGGUCAGUAUCAUGACCUCCUGCGUCUCUUUGAGUACGGCGGGUUCCCCCCCGAGAGUAACUACCUGUUCCUGGGGGAUUACGUGGACCGCGGGAAGCAGUCCCUGGAAACCAUCUGCCUCCUGCUGGCCUACAAGGUGAAGUACCCCGAGAACUUCUUCCUGCUGCGCGGGAACCACGAGUGCGCCUCCAUCAACCGCAUCUACGGCUUCUACGAUGAGUGUAAGAGGCGCUACAACAUCAAGCUGUGGAAAACCUUCACUGACUGCUUCAACUGCCUGCACGCAGCCAUCAUCGAUGAGAAGAUCUUCUGCUGCCACGGGGGUCUCUCUCCAGACCUCCAGUCCAUGGAGCAGAUCCGGAGGGUGAUGCGCCCCACGGACGUCCCGGAUCAGGUGCUGUGCGACCUGCUGUGGUCGGACCCCGACAAAGACGUGCAGGGCUGGGGGGAGAACGACAGGGGCGUGUCCUUCACCUUCGGGUCGGAGGUCGUGGCCAAAUUCCUGCACAAGCACGACCUCGAUCUCAUCUGCAGGGCGCACCAGGUCGUGGAGGACGGCUACGAGUUCUUCGCGAAGAGGCAGCUGGUCACCCUCUUCUCCGCACCCAACUACUGCGGCGAGUUCGACAACGCCGGCGCCAUGAUGAGCGUGGACGAGACGCUGAUGUGCUCCUUCCAGAUUUUGAAACCCGCGGACAAAAACAAGCCAAAGUACGGCGGUCAGUUCAGCGGCUAUAACCCGUCGGGCCGGCCGGUCACUCCGCCGCGCAACAGCCCCAAGCCAAAGAAAUGAGCGCUGACCGCCACGGGGCCGCGGAGAGGAGAGGAGGCGCAGGCAGGGCGACUUCCUGUUUGAAAAUCCACGUUUAAAAUCUGCUUCCUGUUCUGAUUCCCCCGUUUCCCUUUUUAAAUGGAUUCCAGCACAGCGUCGUCAAACUGAACAGACAGACAGACAGACAGACAGUCAGACAGACAGACAGAGCCCCACAAUCCUGUUCAGUUUGACGCUACAAUAUAAUCCCUUCUUCUUGGGGUCUGUGUUAGUUUACUACAUUCUGAAAAGAGUUUAGUUUCAUUAAAGCUGCAGACAGACAGACAGACAGACAGACAGACAGAGCCCCACAAUCCUGUUCAGUUUGAUGCUACAAUAUAAUCCCUUCUUCUUGGGGUCUGUGUUAGUUUACUACAUUCUGAAAAGAGUUUAGUUUCAUUAAAGCUGCAGACAGACAGACAGACAGACAGAGCCCCACAAUCCUGUUCAGUUUGACGCUACAAUAUAAUCCCUUCUUCUUGGGGUCUGUGUUAGUUUACUACAUUCUGAAAAGAGUUUAGUUUCAUUAAAGCUGCAGACAGACAGACAGACAGACAGACAGAGCCCCACAAUCCUGUUCAGUUUGACGCUACAAUAUAAUCCCUUCUUCUUGGGGUCUGUGUUAGUUUACUACAUUCUGAAAAGAGUUUAGUUUCAUUAAAGCUGCAGACAGACAGACAGACAGACAGAGCGAGCCCCACGCUGUGCUGGAAUCGAUUUAAAAAAGGGAAACUGGGUGGGGGGGGGGGGGGGGGGAUUUGAACUGGGAGCAGAUUUUCUUUAAAAAAAAGGAAUUUGGAAAUUGAUUUUUAAACAGGAACGGACUCUCCCCCAACCCUGGCCAGAUAAACCCAGGCUGGAUCUGCAGCACGGAAAUAAGACUCUCUCUCUCUCUCUCUCUCUCUCUCUCUCUCUCUCCUCUCUCCUCUCUCCUCUCUCUCUCUCUCUCUCUCUCUCUCUCUCUCUGUGUGUCUGAAGAACUGUCUCCUAGGUCUGUCUCCUCACUCGAUGUCCACACUGUGUGUCCUCUGGUCCUGGUUUCUGUUUUUUGAAAGCGUUGCCCUGCGUGUGCAGCCCAGCCAGGCUGUGCCCAGCACACAGCGGGCAAUGCCAGCGCACUAGAUCACAGCUUUAUAUAGACACCAUGUUGGGUAGCUGCUGUGGUUCUGCGCAGGGUUUUGUAUCUGUGUUGCACAGCGCGGUCCUGCCAGCAUCCCCAGCACCUACCUGAUGUAAAUGAUAAUUUUUUGUAGCGUAUUCUGAUGCACUUUGGUGGGGUAUCUCGUUCUGCAGUCAGUUUUUUUUUUUUUUUUUUUAAAAGGCUGUAUUUGCACAAUGAAUUUUUUGUUUUGGUUUUCAGAUCUAGAUUUUGCACUGUUAAGAAUUUUAAUACUCCUUUUGCAUUUUCGAAUACCAAAAAUAAAUAAAUACAUAAAUAAAUAAAAAUUCAGCUUUAUGACUCUGGGAUCUGUUCGAUUUUUCAGUGUUUCGUAGAAUCGUUUUUUUUAAGGGAAAGUUUUCAAAUGUUUUUCUCUCGUCUGGAGGGAGCCCCCUUUCUCUUAGGGGUGUGAGCGAUGGAGGGAGGGAGCAGUUCAGUCUCCAUGCCUCAAGCCUGCCCUGGACUGGAGGGAGCACCCUUUCUCUUAGGGGUGUGAGCGAUGGAGGGAGGGAGCAGUUCAGUCUCCAUGCCUCAAGCCUGCCCUGGACUGGAGGGAGCCCCCUUUCUUUUAGGGGGGUGAGGGAGGGAGGGAGCAGUUCAGUCUCUGUGCCUAAAGCCUGCCUUGGACUGGAGGGAGCCCCCUUUUUUUAAGGGGGUGAGGGAGGGAGGGAGCAGUUCAGUCUCUGUGACUCAAGCCUGCCCUGGACUGGAGGGAGCCCCCUUUCUUUUAGGGGGGUGAGGGAGGGAGGAAGGGAGCAGUUCAGUCUCCGUGCCUCAAGCCUGCCCUGGACUGGAGGGAGCCCCCUUUCUCUUAGGGGGGUGAGGGAGGUGAGGGAGCAGUUCAGUCUCCGUGCCUCAAGCCUGCCCUGGGCUGGAGGGAGCCCCCUUUCUCUUAGGGGGGUGAGGGAGCAGUUCAGUCUCUGUGCCUCAAGCCUGCCCUGGACUGGAGGGAGCACCCUUUCUCUUAGGGGGGUGAGGGAGCAGUUCAGUCUCUGUGCCUCAAGCCUGCCCUGGACUGGAGGGAGCCCCCUUUCUCUUAGGGGGGGGUGAGGGAGGGAGGGAGCAGUUUAAUAUGUUUUAAUAAAUUCACAUCUGAACGCAAAAAAAGCAUUAAUAUUUGAUUCUGAACCUUCUGAAGUGAAACGAUAGCAUGAGAAGGCGAACGAGUUUUCAAGACAAGUGCGUUGCUCUGCGUGUGUCUCGCUGCUUUCAGACUAGUCAGCAGCUUUAUAACGUGGGUCUGUAUCUUCUAGAUAUAUAUAUAUAAUUUCUCAAUUUAAAAAACGUUGGUUACAACUACCUUUUUAUCUUGAAUCUUUUUUCAAUUAUCAACUUUUUCACCCCCUUUCAUUAGUAAAAGACAAUAAAAACAAUUGUUAUAUAUACUAAAA